ACAAAAACAGAAACUCAUCCAAGACUAAAAUGAACAAAAAUUUUUGCAAAGUUCGAGAAAUACACUUGAAAAUUAAUAAUUUAUUAAGGUCGGUGGUAGGAGGUCGUCAGAAGCAAGCGUAAUAUAACAGUCGGCCGAACCGGCGUCCGCGCUCGACGCCGACGUCGCUUUUGCCACGCCCGUUCCAGCGUCGCGACGUCGACGCACGCCACCCAAAACUAUCAACCCACCCCACACCAUUUCUUCUUUGUCGCUGUUCGGGCCGUUCCAGCAGUGCUUCGUCGUCAAUGACGGCAACAGCCAACAACAUACACGGUGAGACAAUUUCAUCGACGCGCCCAUUCUAAUACCAAUUAAAUUAUUAAACCGUCAUUUGUCGACUUGUGCUAUGAGUUCGAUAAAGAAACCAGUAGCUAAAGUGUCCACAAUUCACGACAUAAAGGAUACUUAACGGGUGAGAGAUUGUGGUGAUGAUGGUGCUUCGUCUUUGGAAUGUUUUAGAAAAAAAAAAAAUAAUUGCACUUUGAACUGACGGACAGUCGGAAUUAUAUCAUCCUCACGAUUUAAUUGAGAAUAUCAUCUGGUGGUCAUGUCUCAAUCAGAAUCCGAAGAUACAGGUAGUAACACAAGUAGCAGUACGACUAGCGACGCAGAUUGGCCGGUAACAGAAGAAUGGCUCCAGGCAGUGUUAAAACAGCAUCACAAGGACCUGGAGGAACCAUCAUCCAUCACCGUGGUCGAUUUCGCCGUUCGACCUGGUUGCGAUGCGCGCGACAACGUACUCAGCGAUAUCUUGGCCGUUAGCGUUAAAUAUAAAUUACAAGGGAACGAUGACAUUCAUUCGCUCAAUUUCAUCAUCAAGCUUCUUCCCCAGGAUCCCUUCAGUCGGUUUUUUGUUACCGAAGCACAAUUCGAUCUCCGAGAGAUUAGUUUUUAUACUCAAAUUGUACCCGACCUGGAGUCUUUCCAAUCGAAAUACAUUUCAGAAGGCUGUGCCCCAAUCACGCUUCCCAUCCCCAAUUGCUACUACGCCCAUUACGCCGCGGGUAGCACGCAACCCGAACCGACACCCCCCGAAUCCGUCCUGGUGCUAGAAAACAUUAAAUCGUUGGGCUUUCACGGGGGCGAAAUCUCUCGGGGUCUCACCCUACGUCAAGUUCGAGCCGCAGUCGAGGCAAUAUCUAAAAUUCAUGCCCUUUCCCUGUGCCUCAAGAUUAAGGAAGAAAAACAGAUCCCGGAAAGAUACCCCUUUCUAUUUCAGACGUCCAAAGCAACAGAUUCGUAUCAGCACCUGGUCGAAAGAGGACUUCCUCAGCUGGACCAGUUCCUGGAACGACGACAGGGACUAGAAUGCGUCCUGGAUUGCCUCCACUCGAUCCGACCAAAAACGAAAGAUAUCAUAGAGAAUCUCCUGUCACCUCAGGAACCGAUGGGCUUGAUUACGCACACUGAUUUCUGGUGUAACAAUUUGAUGUUUAAAGAAGACGAAGACAAUUGCGAAUGUACAAUACUAGACUGGCAAAUGGUGACUUUCAGCAGACCCACCAACGAUUUGGCUUUGCUCAUUAUAAGCUCCGUUCCAACCGAACUGAGGAGGCAACACACUGAAACGCUCCUGGAUAACUAUUGGGACAGUUUCACGGCAAUAUGCCAGAAACUGGGCCUGGACGUUCCCGGCGAACUUGAGUACGAUAGGAAAAAAUUGGGUCAGGAUUACAGACGAUCGCAACUUUUGGCCCUCUUGCUUUGUAUUGGAUCGGUUGAUGUGGCCCUAGGAGACCCGCUAACUGAGGAACGAUUGGUGGAGUUGCUCAAAGAUCUUUAUGCGGACGGAAUUUUGGCCAAUUCAGAUGAAGUUUAAUUAUAGACUGAUAAAUAAUUAAAUAUGUACAUUGAGUCAACGAAAAAGCAAAACAAAUUUUAUACUCCCGUAUUGAUACGUUUGUCGCAUAUUUGCGAAAAGAAAAUUGAUUGCAGGAUUAACAGAGGAGGAAAGAAGGGUUUUUAUCAAUUCGUCUCAUGUUAGAAAGCUUUUACCAAAAAAAUGUAGAUUUCAUUCAAUUCGUGCUGUGCAAUUUGAUUAAGAAUGCUUUAUAAAUACUUAUACAUAUAAAACAUAACUUAUUUUUUAUCUUCGCACUUUAACAUGAUGUGCCAAUAUCAUAAUCUGUAGACACAUAAACCUAGAAUGCUGUAAUAUUUUGUGUGACACGUGGAGGUUUCCGUUUUUUAGACUUUAAUUCCUACAAUGUAAUUAUUUCUUUACAGUUUCGAAAUUAAUUGAAACUAACUAGUGUUGCACAUAUAACUAAAAUAAAAAGCUAUGUUUUUUAAGCAUAUUGUUCCUGUUCACAAACAUGCUAAAAACAAUAU